AUGCUGAAGGAAGAUUCUAGUGUACAGAUCGCUUCUAUUGUCAAGAGAGGAGGAUAUGUAAGGAAACGGGAUGGUACAGGCGACGAGAAGAGCGAUGUGACUUCCCCUAGCCCAGUCAAGAGAGCCAGCAGCGCUCCUCGCAUACAAGCUCAGGCGAGCUCGUCCGCUGCCAAGCCAGCAGCAGCAGCAGCAGCAGCAGCAGCAACAACAACAACAAAGAAACCAGCUGCACCAGCAGCCGCCGCCGCAAAGAAGCCAGUGGCAGCGACGAAGCCAGGAGCUUCAGGAGCGAAGUCGUCAGCAACGAGCUCCUCCAAGGCACCCGCAGCGAAGAAAACUACAGCAAAGCCAAAGACAACAACGACAGCAAAGAAGGCAUCGCCUGCGAAGAAAGAGAUGAGCGAAGAGGAGAGGUUGAAAGCUGAAGAGGAGCUCGAAAGACAACGAGAAGAGAGGGAGGCGGCGGAGAGAGAAAGACGGGAGCGAGAGCAGAGGAUGAGAGAUGAGCUGACUGCCCUGAUCCUCGAGGAAGAAAAGCGCAUCCAGAAGAAAGAGGAAGACAAGAAGAAGCGGGAGAGGGAGUACAACAGGAGAAAGACGAAAAUCUUUGAGCACGCGUUUGAUGACGAGCUAGAGGACGUCCGUCAGCUAUUGGGUAUCUCCGAUGCUUCAGGGAAGAUCCAACGAGCCUGCACUACCGACCCGGACAGCAUGACGUGUGUUUGUCUCUGCGAUCCAUGGUAUAGAGGAAUCAAUUCUCUGACCUCCUACGUCGAGCCUGACUGUGUGAACGAGAACAAUUCGACGCCUCUGUCUGAGGCUGCGGUGGGAGGAGCUACGUCUGUGCUGAGGGAGCUUCUGAGGCACGGAGCCACGUCAGUGAUAGAUCUACAAGAUUCUCAUGGGAGGACGCCAAUCUUCCGUGCUGCGUUCAUGAGAAAGCCGGAGGCGUGUAGGCUCCUGCUGUCCUAUGGGGCCAACUGCGACAUCCGAAACAAUGACGGGGAAUCGCCGAUGGAUGCAGCGAGCGACCAAGAAGUGAAGGAGGUGCGAUGCUUACAUGCGCUGAGAGAGGAGAACGAAGAGGAGAAAGAAGAGGACGAAGAAGAUAAAUUAGCGCAGAUUAGUGACGUUUGUUGCAAGAUUCUCGCUGGUUUCUCGGCAGAGCGGAUGGAAGAGGCAAGGGCGAGGAUAGAGCAAGAGCUUCACGCUUGCUGGACUCCUCCCCCACAAGAGAAGGAGCCAGCGGAUCUCGUGCCGCAAACUGCCCACAGCUGCCGGAUCGGGCUGCGGGCCUUACAGGAGACGUUGGAUGAGAUCAGGAAGGCGGAUCGACGUCCAGCACUUAUCAUCGACCUGUCGAGCAACGCGCAAACUUUUCUGCGCUACCGUGACAACAACCUGCUCAUGACUUACAAGCCUGGAGACCUCGAGCCCGAGACGGUGAGGAAAGCGUUGAUAGGGGCUCUACGGUACGGCAAACCUUUUGUCAUUGACAACGGCGACUUGGUCUUGGACUGGGUCAAGUUGGAACAGACGUUUGACAAGAUUUCUCCAACACUUUGGAUGGACAUCGUCAUGUGCUCCAUCACCAAGGAUCACAAGUUUUUCCAUCUGGUCAAGAAGGAGGACGGAGAACUUUUCCUUGAGCACCAGUUCACUCAGCACUGUCUGGAUCAUUUCCAAUUCAUCCUCUUGUCAAGAUUGCCGCAGGUCCCCCAGGCCUUCUCGGACACGUUCUAUCUCGUCACUACCGCCUGA